GCGAGACGAUUCGUCAUCUAUUAUGCAGAUGGCGGAGCCGGACAGCUAAGCCGCUGCUAGCUAGCCUUCGUUUUUAUAUUUCUAAAUUAAAUCUAUUUAAGUGUAUCGUUUUUUUUCUUCGCUUUUUAAAGCUCGUGUUUGAAUUUUGUCGCGUUUUCUCACGUAAUCGGAGGGACAGUUUAACGCGUGCGUUUUGUACCGUAUUUAUUUUAAAGCAAAGGAAACCGUUAGCAUCUUUGUUGGACGUUUAGGCCCGCGGUGCCUCCGCCUGUCGAUUUUAACAAUAGCCGCGAUACCAUCUCUCGCUUGUUUUGUUUACAUUCAAAGGAGUUUUCUUCACCGCCGAGGAAGAACAUGGAAGACAAACAAGUUCGGGUACCUUUCAGCAACUGAGACGUUUUGUUAUGCUGACAGACAUUUAAUUUAACUGGAAUUGAAGACGCUUCACGAGGGGGAUCAUUAAACGUCAGGAUCACAAAGGAAGAUGUCCAACGGCGCAGCAGGAAGCGGGGGUGUGCCGUGGAUGGAGGCUGCGAAUGGCCGAGAUGAUGCUGGCAAGAUGGAAGGUGCCAAGAAAGACAAGGCGGCCUCCAAGUUGUCUGUGGAGCGAGUGUACCAGAAGAAGACCCAACUGGAGCACAUUCUUCUCCGUCCGGACACGUACAUCGGCUCCGUGGAGCCGAUCACUCAGCAAAUGUGGGUUUUUGAUGAAGAAAUAGGAAUGAACCAGAGGGAAAUCACCUACGUUCCUGGACUGUACAAAAUCUUUGAUGAAAUUCUUGUCAACGCAGCAGACAACAAACAAAGGGACAAGAACAUGACCGGAAUAAAGAUCACCGUUGAUCCUGAGUCCAACACCAUUUCUAUCUGGAACAACGGUAAAGGAAUACCUGUGGUGGAGCACAAGGACGAGAAGAUGUACGUGCCGGCUCUCAUUUUCGGCCACCUGCUCACCUCCAGCAACUACGACGACGAUGAGAAAAAGGUCACGGGUGGAAGGAACGGGUACGGUGCUAAACUCUGCAACAUCUUCAGUACCAAGUUCACGGUAGAAACCGCCUGCAAGGAAUACAGACACAGUUUCAAGCAGACGUGGCAGAACAACAUGAGCAAAGCUUCUGAGCCCAAGAUCAAGUUCUUCGACGGGGACGACUUCACCUGCGUGACCUUCCAGCCGGACCUGUCCAAGUUCCAGAUGGAGAAGCUGGACAAGGAUCUUGUAGCGCUCAUCACCCGCAGAGCAUACGAUGUAGCCGGUUCCUGCAAGGGAGUUAAAGUCACGCUGAACGGGAAGAAAUUACCUGUGACCGGCUUCCGCAGCUAUGUGGAUCUGUACGUGAAGGACAAAGUGGACGAGACGGGCGUCGCUCUGAAGGUGGUGAACGAGACUGUGAAUGACCGCUGGGAGGUUUGCCUCACCCUGAGCGAGAAGGGCUUCCAACAGAUCGGCUUCGUCAACAGCAUCGCCACCACCAAGGGUGGCAGACACGUAGACUAUGUGGUGGACCAGAUCGUGUCCAAACUCAUUGAAGUAGUGAAGAAGAAGAACAAGGCUGGAGUGACAGUCAAACCCUUCCAGGUGAAGAACCACAUCUGGGUGUUUGUGAACGCACUGAUCGAGAACCCCACCUUCGACUCCCAGACCAAGGAGAACAUGACACUCCAGACCAAGAGCUUCGGGUCCAAGUGCGUUCUGUCGGACAAGUUCGUCAGAGCUGCAACCAACUGCGGGAUCGUUGAGAGUAUACUCAACUGGGUGAAGUUCAAAGCUCAGACACAGCUCAAUAAGAAGUGCUCAUCUGUGAAGUACAGCAAGAUCAAAGGCAUCCCCAAGCUGGACGACGCCAAUGAUGCCGGUGGAAAACACUCCGGCGAAUGCACACUCAUCCUCACCGAGGGAGACUCGGCCAAGUCUCUGGCCGUCUCCGGACUCGGGGUCAUCGGGCGUGAUCGCUACGGAGUUUUCCCCCUGAGAGGAAAGAUCCUUAAUGUGCGAGAGGCGACGCACAAGCAGAUCAUGGAAAAUGCUGAAAUUAACAAUAUCAUCAAGAUCGUUGGCCUCCAGUACAAGAAGAGCUACGAAGACCCCGAGUCCCUGAAGAGCUUGCGCUACGGCAGGAUCAUGAUCAUGACCGAUCAGGAUCAAGAUGGCUCCCAUAUCAAAGGUCUGCUUAUCAACUUCUUCCACCACAACUGGCCGUCUCUACUGAAACACACAUUCCUGGAGGAGUUUAUCACGCCCAUUGUCAAAGUCACCAAGAGCAAGCAGGAGUUUUCCUUCUACAGCAUUCCAGAGUUUGACGAGUGGAAGAAAAACACAGAGAACUUUAAAACCUGGCAUAUAAAGUACUACAAAGGUUUGGGUACAAGUACAAGCAAAGAGGCAAAGGAGUACUUUGCUGACAUGGAGAAGCAUCGCAUUACGUUCAGAUACAGCGGCGCCGAGGACGACGCUGCCAUCACGCUGGCCUUCAGUAAGAAGAAGACGGACGACAGGAAGGAGUGGCUGACUAACUUCAUGGAAGACAGACGCCAGAGGAGGAUGCACGGCCUGCCGGAGCAAUACCUGUAUGGCAAUCAGGAGAGGCACCUUUCCUACAACGACUUCAUCAACAAAGAGCUGAUUCUGUUCUCCAACUCCGACAAUGAGAGAUCCAUCCCAUCCUUGGUUGACGGUUUAAAGCCAGGCCAGAGGAAGGUGCUUUUCACCUGCUUGAAGAGGAACGACAAGAGGGAAGUGAAGGUAGCACAGCUGGCCGGUUCAGUUGCAGAGAUGUCUGCCUACCAUCAUGGAGAGCAAGCUCUCAUGAUGACCAUCGUGAACUUGGCCCAGAACUUCGUGGGCAGUAACAACGUGAACAUCCUGCAGCCGCUGGGUCAGUUCGGUACUCGCAUCAAUGGAGGAAAAGACGCUGCCAGCCCCCGUUACAUCUUUACCAUGCUUAGUCCACUUGCCAAACUGCUGUUCCCGUCUGGGGAUUCCAACCUGCUCAAGUUCCUGUACGACGACAACCAGAAGGUGGAGCCCGAGUGGUACAUUCCCAUCAUCCCAAUGGUGCUCGUCAACGGCGCCGAGGGCAUCGGGACCGGCUGGGCGUGCAAGAUCCCCAACUACGACACGCGGGAGAUCGUCAACAACAUCAACCGCAUGCUCAACCAACAGGACCCCUUGCCGAUGCUUCCCAAGUACAAAAACUUCAAAGGGACGAUCCAUGAGCUGGGUCAGAACCAGUACCUGGUCAGUGGAGAGGUGAUGGUCAUUGACAGAAACACCAUCGAGAUCACAGAGCUUCCCGUUCGAACGUGGACACAGGCGUAUAAGGAGUCUGUGCUGGAGCCCAUGCUGCAGGGCACUGACAAAACGCCAGCUCUCAUCCUUGAUUAUAAGGAGUACCACACAGAUGCCACAGUCAAGUUUGUGGUUCGCAUGUCCGAGGAGAAACUGGCCCAGGCCGAGUUAAUCGGGCUUCACAAGGUCUUCAAGCUGCAGUCCAGCCUUACCUGCAACUCGAUGGUGCUGUUUGACAACAUGGGCUGUCUCAAGAGGUAUGAUUCGGUCCAAGACAUGCUCAGGGAGUUCUUUGAGCUCCGCCUGCACUACUACAAACUGAGGAAGGACUGGUUACAGGGCAGCCUGGGAGCCGAGGCCGCCAAGCUGAGCAACCAGGCUCGCUUCGUACUGGAGAAGAUCGAAGGAAAAGUUUCAAUCGAGAACAAAACCAAACGUGAACUGAUCCGCAUGCUCGUGCAGAAAGGCUAUGAGUCCGAUCCGGUGGUUGCCUGGUCCAAGUCUCAGGAAAAGGCGCAGGAAGAAGAGGACCGUGACGGAAACGAGAGCGACGGCUCGGUGGACUCGGGCUCCUCGGCAGGCCCAAACUUCAACUACAUCCUCAACAUGCCUCUGUGGUGCCUGUCUAAAGAGAAGGUGGACGACCUGCUCAAACAGAGGGACCACAAGAGAGCAGAGCUGAGUGAUCUCCAGAAGAAGCUUCCAGAUGAUCUGUGGAAGGAGGACCUGGCUUUGUUCGUUGAGGAACUGGACAAAGUGGAGCGCCAGGAGCGAGAGGACCAGAGUAUAGGAAAGGCCGUCAAACUGGUGAAGGGGAAGGUGGGCAAACCUAAAGCCAAGAAGUUGAACCUGGAGGAGACCUUGCCCUCGCCGUUUGGUCGCAGGGUGGAGCCUCCGACUCAGGCCAUCAGAGCCGACGCAGCCAAGAAACUGUCCAGAAAGAAGAAGAGUGACAUAGAUCCUGCGCUGAAGUUGGAGCUUGAUGAGGAGGGUUUGCCCAUUGAGGGAGCAGCAAGAGAUACCUCUGUAGUGAAACCAAAACCUCCACGAGUCAAGAGAGAGAAGAAAGAGCCCGGAGCACCAAGAGUGAGAAAACCUCCAGCACCCAAAGGUACCCCCGUUAAGAAGGCGAAGAAGAGGAACCCCUGGUCCUCGGACGAGUCCAAGUCAGACAGCGACGCGGAGGACAGUCAGCCCAUCGUCCCCCGAGAGACCAAGUCCCAGAGGGCAUCAGCUUCCAAGCCGAAAUACACGUUUGACUUCUCGGAGGAGGAGGAAGAGGCGGACGAGGAGGAGAACGGCGCCGACGACGUGGCUUCUUCUCCGAUGGCGUCCUUUAAAGAUGAGUUCCCUUCCUCUGAGACCAAGGUGCGCUUCGACGACCAUAACGAGGAUGAAGAGGAGGACGACAACGAAGACCCCUACUCGCCUCCCAAAAUAAAGACCACGGCUGCUGCACCUGCAGCUAAAAAUAAAGAGACAGCCAGCAUCUUCUCGUCCAAGUCAGCCUUCUCUGAAAAAAGCAAUGACAGUGCAGCACCAAGAGUGAGAAAACCUCCAGCACCCAAAGGUACCCCCGUUAAGAAGGCGAAGAAGAGGAACUCCUGGUCCUCGGACGAGUCCAAGUCAGACAGCGACGCGGAGGACAGUCAGCCCAUCGUCCCCCGAGAGACCAAGUCCCAGAGGGCAUCAGAUGGGUCCAAGUCCGACAGCGACGCCGACGACGCCCCCGUGUUCGCCACUCACUCUGCAUUCGACCAACUACUGCCAGCAAAGAAAGGCCCUGUAGCAGCUAAGAAGCCCUCGGAUGCAGCUCCCAAACCAAAAAAGCCACCAGCACCAAAAGCGAAGAAACCAGAUAAAUCCAUCUGGGACUCUGACUCCGACACCGGCUCCAAGAAGCCUGCACCAGCUCUUAAAGGUAAAGGCCGAGGGAGGAAGAGGAAGGGCUCCGGCUCUGAAGACGAGUACAAUCCAGUGAAAAAAGCAGCAAAACUUGUCGGCAGAAAACCUCAGAAACCGGCAUCAGACGACGAGGACGACAGCAACAGCCUUAGUGCGAUGGACGCCAGAGCAUACGGUGGUCCAAUGGCCGGCGCUGCGUUCGGGGGUGCGAUGGCCGGCGGCGCGACGGCCGGUGGCGGCGCAACGGGCCGCGGUGCGACGGCCGGUGGCGGCGCAACAGGCGGCGCCGCAUCCCGCGACCGGCCGGGCCGGGCCAAGAAGGAGGUGAAGUACUUUGCCGAGUCAGACAUCGGGGAAAUAGACGAAGACGACGACUUGUUCUAUUAAAGCGACACACUUAAAAUACACUGUCCUCCUAUUUCUGUGUUCCCAGAGACUUUUGUACAUUUCCUCGUUCAUUUUCUUUUCAUUAAUGGUGAUGUUCAAUGAUUUUUUUUUUAAUGUGUAGGUGUUUUACACUUUUUAUUAUACAUAUACAGGUUUCUUUUUUAUUGCCCAUCGACAUCUUCUGUAUUUGUCCGAAGUGGCUUUUAGAAGUUUAGAACGCUGUUUUAGCACACUUGUAUUGGUCAAAAUACUAUGUAACUUUUUGAACAUGAAUUGAAAGUAAACAAAGAAAUAUCC